AUGUUACUGAGUCGCCUCAAUAGUCACCUUCUUCCUCGUCCUUCCACUCGUCGUCUAUGGUCAACUUCCCACCUUCCCUCAAGAGCCCAACUCCCCGCUUCACCUCCGCAACUUCCCCUCCCCCACCCCCCCAACCCCUUCUUAUUUCCCCGUCCCCUCUUUCUCCCCCCUCCAACCCCUCACUCCCUCCCUCCCCCCGUUUCCCCUCUCCCUAUUCUCCGCUCCCCUCCUUUCCCCCCACUUCUCCAGGUGUUUCUGUGCUACGGUCAGUUCAUAUUCGGUCCCGAUUUCCGCUCGCUGGUGCUGUCGUUCCUGCUCAUCCUUAUACCGGGGAUACUCUUCUGCGUCUUCGUGGCCGCGCAGCUUCCUGGAAAGAUUCCUGGAGGCAUCGUCGUGCUUCCAGUUGCUAUCUGUUACAUUGCAUGGAACCUCUUCAUUCUGGUAUUCACGGCGUGCAGGGAUCCAGGCAUUGUGCCUCGCAACCUCGUCCCCCCAGACCCUGAUCCGGACAUGCUAGAAGCUAUGCGCCUGGAGGGGGCGGGGCUUGCCACGGGGGGAAGGUUUAGCCUGCCGAGAACUAAAGACGUGGAGAUUAACGGGUUUCGAGUGAAAGUUAAAUACUGCGACACGUGCCUUCUGUACAGACCCCCCCGCUGCUCGCACUGCAGCGUGUGCAACAACUGUGUGGAACGAUUCGACCACCACUGCCCGUGGGUGGGGCAAUGCAUAGGCAAGCGCAACUACCGGUUUUUUUACAUGUUCACCGCCACAACAACCCUCCUCUGCCUGUUCGUGUUCGCCAUCAGUGCCCUCCUCCUCGUGCUACUCGUGAAUAACACUUACGAGCCGGGGGGGCAGCCCAGGACUCUCUGGGAGGCCAUGGGGCAGGCGCCUGUCGCGGUGAUUUUGAUGGUGUACACAUUCAUAGUGGUGUGGUUCGUGGGAGGGCUUACUGCGUUCCAUACAUUCCUCACGGCCACCAACCAGACCACGUACGAGAACUUCCGCAUGCGCUACAAGCGGAAGAACAACCCUUACGACCUCGGCAUUCCGCGCAACUUCCGGGAAAUUCUCUGCGGCCCUAUCCCGACUUCCCAAAUCGACUUUCAAGCGGAAGCGCCCCAACCAGUCAAACCCCCUGGAGGCUCCUCCUCACUCUCCUCGUCAUCUGCCACAGGCGCUGCCGCUGCCUCUGCUACUGUUACACCGGUUACCAUCUCAGACACGAUUGGUACCACUGCUAGCACCACUGCUGCUGCUGGUGCUGCUGCUACUGUUACUGCUGCUGCUGUUGCUACUGCUGCUGGUAGUGCUGCUGCUGGUGCUGCUGCUGGUAGUGCUGCUGGUGGUAGUGCUGCUGGUGGUCGGAUGGCUAGCAGUGAGCCUAUCCGCAGUGAUGCGAUAGGGAGGGACGAAAUAGGCAGUUCCUCAUCAGCAUUUGAAGCAGCGUAUGCCGCCCUGCUAGCCCAGUACGCCCUGCAUGGGGAGGGGGAGGAGGGGGUGGAGAUCGGGGAGAGAGGGGAAGAUGGGGGGGAUGGGGAGGGUGCGAGGAUUGAACUUGGGGAGGGUGGGGAGGGUGGAGAAAGUGGGGAGGGUGGGGGAGGAGGUGGUGGGGGUGAAACGAAUGGCGAGACCGAUGCGAUUGAUGAGAAUGGUGAGAAUAAUGGGAAUGAUGGGAAUAAAGAGGAUGAGGAGUCUUCUUCCUCUCCGGAUGUGCCUAUUGGCUCUACCUCCGCCGAGUUAAAACACGAUAUAGGACCAGUUACUGCCUCGCACCCUCCUGCUCUACUCUCCUCUCACCCACCCUCCUCUGCCCCUGCUGCUGUUUCUGCACCACCUGUCACUCACCCCACUGGUCUGGAAAAUUCCGCUGCCGCUACUGCUUCUCCCGCAAUGACAGAUGCAGCAGCAGCAGCAACAGCAGCAGCAGCAAGAGCAAAAUUAGCAGCAGCAGUAGCAGCAGCAGCAUCAACAACAGCAACAGCAGCAGCAUCACCACCAUCACCAGCCAUACCACCAGGUUCAGCUGCAUUGGCAGCAGUGGCAAGCACAGCAGCUGCCAUACCAGACAGCAUCCUUCAACCAUCACAGGAAACCACCCAUUCCUCCUCCCGGACCUCGCCCCGAACCUCCUCCCGAACCUCCUGCCAACCCUGUUCCCGGCCCUCCUCUCGCCCAACCUCCCGACAUGCCUCCCCGACCCUAAGGCCUGGCUCCUGCCAGCCCUCCCCACCUAGGUUCGGAUCCAGGGGGUGUUCUCCGCUCAAGGGGAUGUUUUCGCCGUCGAGCAGAAGUCUUUCGUCUGGAUACGAGUUGGUGGAAGGUGUGGGAUUGACAGGAGAUGAUGGUGGUGCUGCAGCUGAUGAUAUUCUUGAGAGCAGCACAUCGGGACGAGGAUCACUAGGUUAG